AACUUUAUCUUCAUAUGUCAAAUCUGAAUUGUUUCUUCUAAUUGCAGUUACAAAAGAGCUGACUUGGAAUGCCAAACUGGGUUUAGCAGCCAUGAUAGCUAUUGGAGUUGCGGUGCUGAUGUUGUUGGCUUACUGCAUCAAGAGAAAAGUCUUUCCUCCAGCAUUUUUUUUGUUCAGGAAGGAGAGUUCGACGCAUCAAAUUAUUGAGGAGUUCUUGAAAGAACAUGGACCUCUUCCAGCUGCAAGGUACAAUUAUUCAGAUGUCAAAAAAAUAACUAACUCUUUUAGAAACAAAUUAGGACAAGGAGGGUACGGAAGUGUAUACAAAGGGAAGUUAAAUGAUGAGCGUAUUGUUGCAGUGAAAGUUUUAAGUGAACCAAAAGGCGACGGCGAAGAUUUUAUUAAUGAAGUUGCGAGUAUUAGUAGAACUUCGCAUGUCAACGUUGUUAGACUUUUGGGGUUCUGUUUGGAUGGUUCUAAAAAGGCACUAAUAUACGAAUUCAUGCCUAAUGGAUCUCUUGAGAAGUUCAUAUACGAAGAGAAAAAUCCAUUGAAGGAUGAUCGCCAGUUGGAUUGCAAAACAUUGUAUGAUAUUGCAGUUGGGGUUGCUCGUGGACUAGAGUACUUGCACAGAGGCUGCAACACUAGAAUCUUGCAUUUUGACAUAAAACCUCAUAAUAUAUUACUAGAUGAUAAUUUUUGUCCAAAAAUUUCAGAUUUUGGACUUGCUAAAAUAUGUCUAAGAAAAGAAAGCAUUGUAUCAAUAUUUGGUGCAAGGGGAACACCAGGAUAUAUUGCUCCAGAGUUGUUCUCUAGAAAUUUUGGUGGGGUGUCACAUAAGUCAGAUGUCUACAGUUACGGAAUGAUGGUUUUAGAGAUGGUUGGUCGAAGAAAGAACAUUAAGGUUGAAGUUGAUUGUUCUAGCGAGUUAUAUUUUCCACACUGGAUUUACAAGCGUCUUGAAUUGAAUCAGGAUCUUGGACUCAAGAGUAUUAAAAAUGAAAAUGAUGAAGAAAUGGUCAGAAAAAUGUCAGUGGUGAGUUUAUGGUGCAUACAAACCGACCCUUCUCAUCGACCAGCAAUGCAUAAAGUGGUGGAAAUGCUGGAAGGGAGUCUUCAAAUGCUGGAAAUACCACCCAAACCCUUUUUGUCUUCUCCUUCAACAUCUCCAAUCCAUUUAUCAUCUGAAAUAUUGUGAUUUUUAUGGAUAUUAAGAUGCAAUGCAGAGUAUGUAACACUAGAAAAUGAUGUCGUGAUAAUUACAUAUAAAAAUAAAAUGUUAUAUAUCUCAGAGAAUUGUAAUGGU